AUGGGUGUCACGCUAAAAAUUGUUGCGUCCACUUGGGACAAAAUAGGAAACGAACUGAGUGCUCAUUUUACGGUUAACAAGGAACCCAAAACAGAGAAAAUUGUAUUACAAUACUGGAGCCUGCUGCGUGACAUCAUUGUAGCUAAAAAUACUGAGGAAAAUGCCAAAGAAAUUGUUUGCGCUGCCGAAACGCAUCUCGAGCAAGUUUCCCGUGAGUGUUCCAGGCCUGCCACCCGCUCGAAUUCCCUAUCCCAACUCUCAUCUCCCUCCUCUUUAGCUCCCGCCGCCAGUGCGGCGAUGCCUGAAACGAUUAACCCUUCCCUCGCCUCUAUGCUACAAACUGCUCUCAGAGACCUUUCCGGCAUCUCCCGCCUCUAUCCCUCCCUGGCUUCAGCUCCGCCCCAGCAACCCGACCGGACAGACGCUCUAGCCCCAAGGGAGAAAGCAGCUCUCUGCCAAGAUUCUUCCACUACAAAACCUCCACCUUACGCUGUCCCUGCCCCCCCAUGUCUUUCAUCUCUGCCUCUUCCUCCUUCCGCCCUAGACACUCAGCUCACCACAAUUACCUCCAUGAUCUCCCAACUAGCUCAUGAACCUUCCUCCACCCCCCUCUCAACAACCCCCACCGCUCCACACUUACCGCCCCCCCCGCCGCCCGCAGGCCCCCGCACCCGCGCGCGGGUGCGGCGUGAGCGCAAGGCGCAAGCGGCCGCGGAAGCCGCGGCUCAAGCUCAAGCAGAAGUGGCGAUGGAUUCGGGCUCUCAACACUCAGAUUCGGACGGAGAGGAAGCCCAACCCAGCAACAACAGACCUCCGGAGGGUGAGAUAAAUUUCCGUUACGAGGCUAUUAAUAAAAGGGACCUCAAUGAACUGCUUCAAGCAGUUAAGAAUUACGGUGCCCAAGCCUCCUAUACUAUAUCUUGUCUUGAAUCGCUGGGAAAUGGUGGUGCCCUUUUGCCCUAUGAAUGGAAACGUGUUGUCUCCAAUGCACUCCCGCGUAAGCAGUACUUGCUCUGGGAGACUGACUUUUAUAAAACCUGUCGAGAUCUAUCUCGGGGAGAUAAAACAUGUCGGCUUAUGCUCUCCGGCUCUCCCCCGUAUGACUCUGCACAGCAACAACGCUCAUUGCCCCUUGAUUAUUUAAUAAACACAGGUUUUGCCGCUAUGAAAGCGUGGCGAGCUUUGCCCAAGGAAGGCGAUGCAAACGCCCCGCUUGGCCAAAUCACACAGGGACCAGAUGAACCCUAUAAUGCAUUCAUCAGUCGCCUCCUAGAGGCCGUUGAGAGAAUUGCAGGCUCCUCUCCCUCUGAAAUGACAAAUACUCUAGUCAGACAGCUCGCUUAUGAGAAUGCCAAUGCUUCUUGCAAAGCCCUCUUAAAGGGACGCAUGGCUAACAAAACCAUACAUGAUAUGAUCGACCUUUGUCGUGAUGUUGAUCCCUUUGCCCACCGAGUUGCCCAUGCUAUGGCUGUCAUACAAAACCAAUCCUCAGGCAAAGUCUGUUAUUCGUGUGGACAACCUGGACAUUUUGCCUCUCAAUGCCCUCAGCGCUUAGCCCCUGUCAUGCAGACAGGUACAGCUACACCCCGUCCUCCAUUUUGUCCACGCUGCCGCCGUGGCCGCCAUUGGGUGGCGGAGUGCCAUGCCGUUAAAGACAUAGAUGGCAAUCCCCUGCAGCCUAACCACCGCCUUUCGGGUCAGGGAAAAUCCACCAGGGGCCAGCUCCGGGCCCCGAGCCGUCAAUUUCAACGCUUUGUUCCGGCUUCGGAGCCCAGCCAGCCGGUCCAACCCACCCCAGAUCCCCAGGCAUAUUACCAGCAGCAACAGCAGCCUUGCCAGCAUCAGCCACUAGUCCCCCCCUCAAUGCUCCCACCUCAGCAGCCUCCCUUAUCAGGGCAACCCCGGGGAGCGCAGGACUGGACCUGUACCCCGCCUCCCCACACGUAUUAA